UUGUCAGUUUACAAUUACGUGCAUUAUUUCGCUCGCUAUAUUUUCGUGCUCUGUGGUUAUAAAAGUAAAAAGAGCCUAAAUAAGGAGCCUAAUAUUCGGGAAUAUAUGAAUUAAGUGUUAGAGUGAAAGUGUUGAAGUGAAAAGGUGUACGGCAGAAAUAAUUAAUUUAUCCAAGAGUGAGAUUAUUUUCUUGAAAAGUCCUUUAUAUCAGAGUCAAAGCACAGUGUAGAUUUUUUGUAUGGAACCGGAUAAUAUGUUAAAAGAGACGAAUAACCAACCACAGACUUCUGUUUUUGGUUUUGAGGUUUACCCAGAGGGCAACAUGUAUUCAAGUAUAUAUUCAUCAUCUCCCCAACAUAAUUUGGGAUUAAAUUAUAAUAUAAAUUCAUGUGUUCAGUUUUCAAAUCCUAUGUUGGCCAAUUAUGUACCAUCCAAAUCUACAGCACCUACUGGUAAUCCACAGGUUCCUUCUUCAUUCAAUUUUGGUAGUCCAGACACCCCACUAGGCUAUAACCCAUUUGCAACUCAAUCUUUUUGCAAUCAGUUGGCUGAACACAAAAUCAUGUUGGGCAAGAGGAAAACAGAUUCUCCUCCGCUGCAGCCAUGUAAACAACUUAUUACCGAAGAGAAAAUGGCAGAACAUAUGUCUAAACUUCAUAUAAGUUCAGAGACAGCGACUUCAAUCCUAGAGCCAGAGUCAGUAAAAAAUAAAAGGCUUUAUAUGUGCGAGGAAAUGCGAAAGUUGCAAGCAGAACCCAUUAUUCCUCCAUCAUUAAUACCUGGAAUUCCUCAGCCGUGUACUGCCUUAGUUUUGUGGCAGCCUUCACCAACAAAGAAAUUGCCAGUUAUAGAGGAGCCCAGUAGCUCAAAGGAGGAAGAUGAAAACGAACCAUCAAAGAAUUUAGAUAUACAAUUUAUAGAAACCGUAGAAACAAAUAACGAUUUGUUAGGUGGCGACAUGGAUUUGGAUUCAUAAUAAAGUAUUUGGAUUUAAGAUAAGAGCUGCAACAAUUAGUGUGACGUAAAAGAAAAUUUGUGUAUUUUGCCAUGAACUUAAACAAGGUCCAUGCUUAAAUGAGAAUUACAUUUUUGAUGAUGAUGAGAUUUACAUUGCAAACGUUAUGUUUAAAAUAAAGUUUGAACAUAAUAUUUAAAAUAAGAUUUUAUACUAAACUUAUUAGGUUGUAUUUUUUAAAUACUUGUAACCAUAAUAUAAUUAUGUAAAUUGUUUAUACUAUCCGACGCGUAUUUUUAUUGGAGAGAAUUAUUCUUAAUGUAAUUUUUAUAGGGUUAUCGCAAGCUCAGUGAUAUAAUGCAAGUAAAAAAGUUCUCUAAUUUAACAUGUUUUCCUUUUAUAAGAUUUUUUAUAGAACGCGAAACCUAUCUUUUUAAAAAAUGUGUAACAGAACUUCUAAAAGGUUCAAGAAAAGACUAAAGCCUCACAUCUGUUAGAAACACACUGGUGCUAACAGACGUCUCGUGUGCAAUUUAAGACCCAAUGAUUUUCAGAAAAAAAAAUAUUGAAUACAAGAUACAGUCUAAGGUUUAAAAAAAAUAGAAAAGCAUUGGUUCAGUUUUAUUUAUUCUAUGGUUAUCUUGCUAAUUAAAAACUCAACUAUUGUAUUUUAACACGUAUACGAGGUGACUGGUAGUUCGAUAAAUUCCUUUGGAGAUGUGAUAGGGAAAGGGGUAAGAAGUUAAUGGAACCCUAAUAUGCAUUAUGCAAAAGUUGAUAGUUUUUGAGAUAGUCAAUUUUUUUUUCUCCAAAAGAUAGACCUUAAUGGUUUAAAAGUAAAUUUUCAGAAAAUCUGCUGUACAUAUUUUAAAACUUUGAAUCAAAACACAUGUCUGAUGCCGAUAAAUUCUGAUGCCGAAAAUAGACCUUUUUUAACCGACAUUUUGUGGACGGACGGGAUCAAAAGUUAGUCAUGAGGGAAUUACAAGUUUUCCGAGAGAGAGAGAAAAUCCCCGUUUAAAAAGAGAAACUCAUUUUCAAACAAAGUUUUCUCUAAAUGUCUGGAUGGGACUUAUU